UCAUGGGGCCCCCGGGCAAUAGGGGAUCAUGGGGCCCCUGUGUCCUUGCCCAAACUCAAAAAAGCCUAUGAAAAAGGUACCAGGGGCAUCUCAUGGGGCCCCCUACUGACCCUGGGCCCUCGGGCAGUGCCCGAGUUUCCAAAUGGUCAGUCCGCCCCUGGAUAUGGAAAAAUUGAUGCUCAGGUCAAUUAAGGGGUAUGAAGACAGCUCUGCAAGAGUUAACAUGGUACAGAAUCAAGUGAGUAGUUGCCAAGGGUAACGGAGGUCUAAUAACCAGCAAAAGCAGCCUUUUGUGAAACGUGGUAUCUGUGCCAGGUGAAGCAUACAUAUGGUAGUGAAG